AUGUGCCUAAAAGCGUUCUCUCUUCUGUCUACGCCACGUGCUUGUCUCCUUGCAGAUCUGUUUAUUUCCCGUGUCCAGGGUGCGGAGAGCGUCAGCAAAACGGAGACCACCGACCCUGGCAGCGAGGUGGCAGGCUCAAAGAAAGCCCGACCUUCUGACAGGGUGGAGUCUAUGAUCUACUUUGGCCACGGCAGUGAUGUAAUCCCAAAGGCCGUGCCGGAGUAUGCUGAAGUCAUGGAGCGCUACAGGAAAGAGGUCUUUCGCCUGCUGCUAGCCUCUAUGGCUCUCACUGCAGCAUCGCUGGAUCUGCCGCUGGGGCACUUUGAGCCUUUCUUCACCGAGAAGAAUCUCAGUGCGAACGAGAACACCGUGCGCUUGGCAUACUACCCGGCCUACAAGGAAGGGGAAGAGCCACUCCCUGGACAGCUUCGAUACGGCGAGCACACGGACUACACAGGCUUCACCUUCCUGUGGCAAGACCACAAUGCGUCUGGGCCGCAGACGGCUGCUACCAACAUCGACCCGCCUCCUGGAGGGCUCCAGGUUCGGAUGCCUGACGGCUCCUGGGUGGACUGUCCACCGAAGCCCAAGGCCUUCACGAUCAAUGCAGGCGAUUUGAUCCAGGCUUGGACCAACGAUGUCUUUCUCUCCAACUCUCACCGCGUGGUGAAUCCACCUCCUGGAGCAAGGGACCGGCAUGACCGAAUCAGCAUCGUCUUCUUCACUGGCCCUGCCAAUGAUACGAUAGUGGAACCCCUGCCGAGUCCCCAGCGGUUGGCAGCCGGCGAUGGUGAGCCAUCAAAGCUCAGUUUAGAUGUCGAUGCCAAGGAGUGUGAGGAGAUCGCGGCCAUUUGCCGACACCUGGACCUUCGCAUCGAGGUGCUGCCGGCGCCGCCGGGCAGCGCUGCCUCGAAACGCGUCACAGCUACUCGAACGGAAGACCUCUUUGAAGAGGCAGAACCCGAGCAGGCGAAGGUUGAGCCACGUCCUGCGGAAGUCAGUGGGAAGGUUCGCCUGGAGGAGCGCUUCGGGCGGAAGCCGCCGAAAGCGGCGGUCGAGGCUGAGACCCUCUUAGAGAAGAGCCAGUUGCCAAAGCUCACCGACUUCUAUCGGGCACUCGUGGAUGCUUAUCCUGGCUUCCAUGUGCCUCUGGCGAAGCUUCUCACCCUGAAUCUGCGCGCUGCAGGGGUCUCCGG